ACCUUCGUUUAAUUUCAUGCUAGGAUUAUGAAACUCUCAAUGGAUGACGAAUAGAGGAGUUGUGGAUGUUUUUCCCCAAGAAAGAUUAGUUACUUUGACUGGCUCAUGUCAUGAUUACAUUGAGAUGAGCUGUGAACCUACGAUUUCGAGGGAGGUCGGACGAGCAAUUGUACACUCCUGAUGACUGUUAUGACCUCUUACAGAUUUAAAUGGACGUGGUUCAUGCUUGUGCAGAUAUAGCUGACAUAUUCUAUACAACCUCAGUUCCAUCAGAGGUGCAUGGCUUUGUUAUUGGGCUAUUGGUACCAGAGAUAAUAUUCUAUCAAGGUAACAGCCAGGAUUCAAGAAAAAACAUAAAGGCCUAGAUGAAGACAGCCAAUGGCUUGGUGGAGUGAGUGCCGAGGGGGAGGGGGGGUCAGUACGCCCCGUAUCUCACUACCAGGGGUGGUGCUACUACUGCUGGGGGCAGCUGGACUUGCCUCACAACUCGUCAAUGCAGGGUCAGGAUGUAUAGAUGGAAGUGGUGAAGGACUGCGACGACACAAGCGGGUGUCUGCAUGUAUGGGGCGCUGGAACGGCCACAUCCAGAACAGCAGCUCGUUGUGUGCGCCCGGCUGGAGGGUGUGUUCCUGGUAUGAUGGGGACAUCCUCAGGAACAUUUCGUGGAGGGACGCCAUGUCAGUGGGCGGGUGUUACGCCUUCAAUGCAGCACAAGAUGGGGGGAGGUGCAGAGAGUGCAGAGAUGACCUGGAGCAGGAUGACCUGGCAGGCAUAGGACGAGGGUGUGCCCAUCAGAACCUGGGUCAAACCUCAUGCAUCAGCGGCGGCCGCAUCGAUGCCAGCUGCUGCGUGGACGCCCACUUCCACCGCGCCUGUCAGUACCAGCCAGGCUUGGCUACCGGGAUCCUCUGCUGCAAGAUGCCAGUAAAGCGUCCGAAGAUUGCAGUGAAGCCCCCCGAGAAGAUGUACGUGUACACGGGGCUUAUCUUCCUGCUCACGUGUCAGGCGACCGGUAUGCCUCCUCCCAGGGUGCAGUGGUACAAAGAUGGCGUCCAGAUGGCAAAGAACAACCAACGCAUCUCUGUGCUGUCGUCAGGAGACCUGUUGGUGACACUGGCCAAGAAGUCUGACACUGGGCUGUACACCUGUGAGGUCAUCAAUGAGGAGGGCAUCGACAUGGCCAGCUCCUACGUGGUGGUGUCAGAAUAUUCCUCUGGCUGCGCUGACGGCACCACGGAAGGCCUGCACAUGCACCGCGACGUUCAUGCAUGUGCCGGGGAGUGGAAAGGUCAUGUGAAGCAUGGGAAGAGUCUAUGUCAGAAUGGGUGGAGGGUGUGCAAGCCACAGGACCAGUCCAUUCUGCAGGAGUUGACCUGGCUGGACAUAUUCGACCUUGGGGGAUGCUACGCCUACAAUGCUGCCAACAGCAAGGGGAGGUGCAAGAGGUGUACAAAGAACAAGAUGGCAGGAAUAGGACGAGAGUGCGGGUGGAUGAGAUAUUCCCAGCAUUCCUGUCUGUUUCACGGCAGAAUCGAUGUAUAUCACCCCAAAAACAACACGGGCUGUGUGUACAAGGAGAACUACACGUCUGGGGUUGUUUGUUGCAAGAAGAAGAAACGGAGGAGGCCAGCCUCUAAGAAGCCAGUGUGCAGCCCAUCGUGUGAGAACCAAGGCCAGUGCGUGGCCAACAACCGAUGUCAGUGUUCCAUCGGAUACAAGGGGGCUCGAUGUCAGAACCCCAUCUGCAGCCCCGGGUGUGGAACUAAGGGCAAGUGUGUCUCACCCAACAAAUGCAAGUGCCACACUGGCUACAUGGGCAAGUUCUGUCGCAAGAAGGUCAUCAAAUGUCACAAGCCAUGUUUGCAUGGCGGCCGAUGUUCGCGAGGGAAGUGUCGGUGCCCUCCAACACACUGGGGAAAUUCAUGUCAAUAUCUUCUUCAGCAUAUUCUCCUGUCUAAACUGAACCGCACGGAGAGAUGAGAGUCGGGACGAGGCUGCCCGGAUUUCCCUUCUCACUGCCACAGAUGUACAGAAGCACGGAGACUAGGACGGAGGACAGACGUGGAAGAGGUCAGCUUGGCCCACACUGACGAAGUAGUUGUCGUUUCUCAAGGAAGGCUCUUGUGUAUAUUGUUGUUUCAUUGUAAAUUGUGAAUUGUAAAUAGACCUGUUGACUAUUUAUAAAGAAGGAUGACUACCACAUGAUGUAUAUAAUGUUUUACUAUUUCUUCCGUCAUUGCAAAUGGCACAUCUAGACAUAUUGUGCUAACUUAUUUGAAAUCCUCUUUCUAAACACUCUGGUUUCAUACCGCUGGAUGCUGAAUCAUUUGCUGGGUAGUCUCUUUAGGCAUCGAUAUUGAGUGACCUAGUUGGUUCUGCUGGUUUCUUUGGAUGUCUUUGACAUGCUACUCAAAGUUUGUUAAGGAUAUGUCUGAUCACAGAUCACUGUUGAUGCAGAUACAAAGAAGUGAGAAAUAUGUGAAGGCAAAUUGGAAGAGUUUUUGUAUGCUGUCAUCAGUUUCAUUGUCAUCACAUAUACAUGUACAAUGUCGCCUAAAACAAGAUGGCUGCCAGGGUGACAGGUCAGAUGGUGAAGGUCCAUGCUAAAAGUUGGUGUUCUUUCUGUAUUUUACAACCAAUAUCCUUAGCAAAUAUUGAGUAAGCUUCAUGAUCUGAACAAGAUGCUGUACCAUGUUUUAUAAAGCUGAAUCUUUGUGUCUGUAAAUAGUAUUCAGACUGCAAUACUGUUCAGGCUAGUAUACUGUUCAGGCUAGAAUCUGCAAAACUAUUAAAGCUAGAAUCUCCAGUACUGUUCAGGCUAGAAUCUGCAGUUCCUUUCAGGCUAGAAUCUGCAAAACUGUUAAAUCUAGAAUCUGCAGCACUGUUCAGGGUAGAAUCUGCAGUACUCCUCAGGCUAGAUCUGCAACACCACCAGCAAAAAUGGAAACAUUUCAUGAGGAGAAUUUAGGCAAGACCAAUUUGAUAUCCGAGAUAAUUAUCAAAAAAAUAAAGUGAAAAUUUUGCCCCCCAAAUGGUUAAAUUACUUUUUUUUACGCAAAAUUUAUAUUUAAAUCUUUUUUUUGUGUUCAUUUCCAUAUGAGUUUCAAUAACUACAUAAAUAUACUUGAUCUCCAGCUUUCGGCCUCCUUGCCUUCAUCAUACUCUCUAGCACUACCUUACUUGAGGUGCUAGUUCCACUGUACUUAAACUAAAGAAUUUUGGCCAAGUACCUAGAAAUCUGUGAACGAAUUGGUCUGGCAUUAAUUCUAUUACAAUUUGUAACUUUUUUUUUAAAUGUUUUUUUCAGUGUUGUGUAUUACAUUUUGUAAUAUUUCCUGUUUUCUCAAUCUCAGUGCACACGUCCCAUUUCUAGGAUGUUAUACCUUGAUGUAGUGUUUCUGGUGUAGAGAUAAUGUGGUACCCUUAUUGUAUUCUAUAUCAUAAUAUCACUUGUUAUAAUCAUUCGAAUGAAUAACUCCGCUACGACGAAAAUAUAAUAUUUUGUUUCAAACUAGAUACACUGUAGGUGGCGCUUUAGUGAUAACCAAUGAAAAGGAUUCAUUAUCAAACGUGUUUACAAAGGCAGACCAUUAACGAUAUUUUUUAUAUAAUCCGAGGUGUCUGGGACAGUUCUACACUGUUGCCAGAUUGUUGUGAAGUGAAGACUGCAAGGUCUGGAAGCAGCGUGCUGUCGUUGCUGCCGCCGACUUCACACAUAUUGGACUGUUCCCCGUAGUUUUCAGCUUCAGGUUUCAUACACCUAAUACAUCUCAGGAAAAGAUUCAUGCAAGAUAUUAUUGGGUAUCAAUUUCAAUUUCACACACAACACAUACUACAAACAAGACACUGAUAGAAUAUUGUAUAGAGCUCAUUUGCAUCCAGAUUCACCCUUCCAACUCACAUGUAGUUAUAGUUGGAAACGUUAAGGGCCCUCUUAGUGUAUUUGGGGCUGCAAACUCCGUCAUGAAUUUAAUUAAAUCAUUUUGUUAAUGUUUUCAAUUAUUUAUUCUGAAAGAAUGGCCUAAAAAACUUGUACUUAGAUCAAACAGAUUUAGAUAUUCCAAAAUAUUUAUUUGCCCAUGAAGAUUAAAUUGUUUUGGGGUUUGUAAGCCGAGAUGAUUGUUGGGCUGAAAUGCUUGUAGACUUGCCUUUUAGUGUACAAACUACCUCACACUAGUCUCGUGUACUGUGUAUAUACAUUAUGUAAUACAUUAUAUGUUGUCGCUAACACAUGUAGCCACUGUUCACCUCCCGGGGGCGACAUCACCUUCAGCAUCCCUCGUCUUCAUUCUCAUUGUGUUCGCAACAAUGGUAUUCCCUAAUUUGCAUAAAAACUGUCGAGUUUGAAUUUUUCCAUGUUUUUUUCCGAAUUUGCAUAAAACAAUGUCAAGUUCGAAUUUUUCCAUGGUAUUUCCCUUAUUUACAUAAAAAAUUGUCACGUUCGAAUUUGUCCAUGGUAUUUCCUAAUUUGCAUAAAAAAUUGUCACGUUCAAAUUUUUCAGUGGUAUUUCCUAAUUUGCAUAAAAAAUUGUCACGUUCGAAUUUGUACAUGGUAAUUCCUAAUUUGCAUAAAAAAUUGUCACGUUCAAAUUUUUCCAUGGUAUUUCCUAAUUUGUAUAAAAAUUUGUCAAGUUCAAAUUUUUCCUUAAUAAAAUAAAUAAAUGAUCAAGAGUCAUUUUGAUUUUGUCAUAUUAAUAAUGAUAUUUCAUUAAUAUUUGCAUCUGGAUAUUCCUUGGAUUAGAAUGUUUCAACCAAGUUUGUCUGUGUUUAGUUCAUUCUCUGCACCAAAACAGCUUAAAUCACACCAACUCAUGACAUCAUUCUGUAGAAAUAUAGGUUGUUUAGAAAUCAAGAUUUGUCUUCAUUAACGCUUGUAUUUCAUGAUUAUGCCUGUAUUUCUAACCAGAUCCACAAGCCCAGUAUUAGAUUUGUCUCUUGUAGGAAUUUGUCUUCUAAGUCCCCACGUUUAGAAAAAUAUUUAAAAAAUCCAUUACAUAUUCUUAUGACUAGGAAAUCUUUUGUUCUAGAAAUCUAUUACAAUUUAAUCUAUCUGUCCAAUAUCAAUAUUUUUUAUCAUUAUUAAUGUACAACUGUAUUUCAUGAUUUGGAAAUAAUUUGUAGAAUGUUUCUUGUUUGCAGAAAUAUGAAUACAAAAGUGAUCAUGUUACAAUCUGUUGUCUAUAAGUGACACCCCACCCCCCCCCCCCCCCACCCCCCCACCCCCACCCCCAUGUGUUAUCCUAAGGGCUGGCUAUCGACAUAGAUCAUCGUAGAAUAUCAAUAAUUGUUAACAAAAUAUGCUAAAUUUUGGCGAAGUGACUAUGACCUACUAUGCGGAAAUGUCUGAAAGCAAUCAACAUGUUUCACAACCCUGGUGAGUGGUGACAAAUUUAUGCAUGGAUUACUUUGUGGACAUUUAAGAUAUGACAAAAACUGUUGCUUUUUUUCAUCUUGGCAAUUGACAUGACUGACAAUAGUCUUUUUCAGUAAAUUUAAACUUUAUUUCAUCACAAUUGUUUAUGUAAGAUAUCAUCAAUAACACAAUUUUCAUAUUUAUAGUCGUUAAUAUUUCUUCGUUACUUCUGAUUAUCAAUCUUUUUAGCCAGCCCUAGUUACCAUGGUAGAACGUUGUCCUGCUGCUGCUGCUGCUGCUGUUGUAGCUGUCCCUCACAUCAUUGUUUCCGUCAGAUGCCUGUUGCUCUGUUAUUAUGUUGAUAUAUAGGUGUUUACUACAGAGGUGCACAUUAUACACUGAGAGCAAUAAAGUUUAUGUUUGUA